AGCUUAUAAAUGCAACGAGCUACCUCGGGACAUCACGCUCUUUGUACACUCCGCCAUCUCUCUCUCCAUCUCUCUCGAGCAGAUCUCUCGUGAAUAGCGACAAUGGCGACCACUUUCAGCGCUUCGGUCUCCAUGCAAGCUACUUCUCUGGCAAGAACGAGUAUUAGUUUCCAAAAGCCUGCUUUGAUUUCCAGCCAUGGAAGGACUAAUCUUUCCUUCAACCUGCGACGUUCAAUCCCCACUCGUCUCUCAGUUUCUUGUGCGGCCAAGCAAGAGACCGUAAAGAAAGUGUCUGAGAUAGUAAAGAAGCAACUAUCUCUGAAAGACGAUCAGAAAGUUGUUGCAGAGACCAAAUUUACCGAUCUUGGAGCAGAUUCUCUCGACACGGUUGAGAUAGUGAUGGGUUUAGAAGAAGAGUUCGGUAUCCAGAUGGCGGAAGAGAGAGCACAGAAGAUUGCAACAGUUGAGCAAGCUGCUGAACUCAUUGAAGAGCUCAUGAAAGAGAAGAAGUAAUUUCGUAUUAAAAAAAAAAAAUUAGCAGCGCUUUAAGUUUGUUGUGUUUCAUAUUUCUGGCAUUUUCUUUAUUGUGUCAAGCGAGUCUGUCUGGUUUAGUAGUAUCUGUAUUCACGGAUUUCUAUUUGUCACUUGAAACUUUUGGUUCCCCAACUUCAAAAUAAAAUGGAAUGAAUACCAUUUACAUAU